UCAUGAGCUCUUAGGUUGCAUUUGAUCGGAUUAUAGUCAUUCGGAUUUUAUGACAAAAAAAUCGACUGCCUUGUUUAUGUACCUACUGCGAUAACCGCCUGCUAUCUUUCUGAUAAGACAGUCUGUUGACACCGGGGCGGUUUGACCUAAUCAAAUGGGCGCGAGCAUCAGUUUUGUUUCAAAUCUGCAACUGAACAGAAUUUACUAUGCCAAAGGAGAAGAAAAUACCGAAAACAGUCUAUUUCAAUAUCGAUCAUAAUGCCAAUAACGUUCAUCACGUCAGCGCGUGGUACGGUGUUAUCAUUGUGGUUCUUGUGUUGACCGCUGGUUCAGUAACAAACUAUUUUCUAACCAAUCUACCGGAUGCAUUAACGAUAGCGGACUUGGAGCGAUACCCAGUGGCGUUCAUUGCGGAGCGAGCUUGGGACAAUCUGAAGAGUUUCACCGAUCUGGGUCCGAGAGUCGCCGGCAGUAAGGCCAAUGAUGAGUUGGCAGUUGGCAUUUUCAAGCGUGAGAUUGAAACAAUUCAGGCAACUAAACAUGUGGACCAAGAAGUGAUUAUGAAAAAUCAAGUUGUUACCGGGGCGUUCAACUUCACAUUUUACGGCACAACGAUGACGACUAUUUAUCGAAAUAUUCAAAACAUCGUCGUGAAGUUACAAGGCGACAGUGAUGAUGCUCUGUUGUUAAACUGUCAUUUCGAUACAGUGCCGAACAGCCCUGGAGCCAGUGAUGACGUAGCCAGUUGUGCUGUCAUGCUUGAGAUUUUAAGGGUUAUGUCUAGGCUGCCGGACCGAAAUAGAUAUUCCAUUAUAUUCCUGUUCAACGGAGCAGAGGAGACAUUGCUGCAAGCUUCACAUGGCUUUAUCACUCAACAUCAAUGGGCAAGAGAUGUGAAGGCAUUUUUAAAUUUAGAGUCUGCAGGAUCUGGUGGAAAGGAGGUAUUGUUUCAAACCGGACCAAACCGUCCUUGGAUGAUAGACGCGUAUGCCAAGGCGGUGAGAUAUCCUUUCGCGCAAGCCAUGGGAGAGGAACUCUUUCACACAAAACUCAUACCAUCGGAUACCGAUUUUAGGAUUUUUCGAGACUAUGGAAACAUACCUGGAAUGGAUUUGGCUCAUUUCUUGAAUGGGUAUCGCUAUCACACCAAAUACGACUCUUUGGAAUAUCUGUCGCUGCCCGUUCUACAACGCACCGGCGAUAAUGUAUUAGCUUUGGCUCGUGAAAUGGCUAAUUCUGAUCACUUAUCAACUAAUGAGUCUGAACCGGGAUUAAAUACGGUGUUCUUUGAUUUUCUUGGAUUGUUCUUUGUUAAAUAUUCUGUGCGUGUGGCCAAGAUUAUCAACGUAACAGUAGCGAUUUUGGCAGUGCUGAUACCAUAUCUCGGUCUAUCAUCGGCUGCGGGUAAUCGAGCGAAUAAAUCAAUCCAAAUGGAGGCUUUAUAUGGAUGCUCAGGCGUAUCGUUGGGAGCUUUACUUAGCGUUGCGACUUGCUUGGCUAUUGCCCGACAACUGGAAGCAUGGGACAGACUUCUGACGUGGUACAGCAACACUUGGCUCAUAUUGGGAAUGUACUGUGCCCCAGCACUGGUUGGUCACUGUCUGAUACAAAUGUUUUUCAAUGCUUUCUUUAAAAACAAAAAGAGCUCUCUAAACACUGGAAUGGUCACUCAGGCUAGGCUGAUUGGAGUCAACGUGUUUUGGAGCAUCAUAAGCCUUUCCGCCACAUUAGCAGAGCUCCGGAGUGCAUACAUAAUCAUGGUCCUGCAGAUGUGCUCGUUGGCAUCCACAAUUCCAACAGUUUUAAUUGGACUUCAAAGAACAGUACGCAAAUGGAUCAUCCUACAUUUGCUGGUUCAGUUCGUAGCCAUUAUCUGCAGCUCAUUUUACUACAUUGCGUUCGUGAACCUAUUCGUCCCCAUCACUGGACGAGCCGGAAGUGUGGUUAAUCCGGACGAGAUAAUUGGAAUCGUAUCAGCUGUCGGUGUUCUGCUCAGUUGCAGCUAUCUAUUGCCUUUGUUAAAUCUAGUGAAAAAUCCAUUAAAAAUAACAGCAAGCUUCUCGGGAGUGGCAUUGAUAUCAUUACUGCUGGCAUGCCUUACUCCAAUUGGCUUUCCCUACCGGGAUGCAUCACAGGGACAUCCAACUACACAACGACACCUUGUAACGCAUACAUUCCGAUUAUUCCAUGACGAACUUGGACUGUUAAGACACAUGGAUCAAGGAUUCUUGUUUGAAGUUCAGGAUCGCAAUGGGGGACGAACCUUGCAACAACACAUCGCCUCGGAUGAUAGUUUUGUCCCAAUACAUAAUAUGACUACUUGUGCUGAUGAAUUUUUCUGCGCAAUUCCAUUAGACGCCAUGUGGCGUCAGGUACAUUUUAGUCACUUUUGGCAACCUGCUCAGGCACCACCAGAAAUACAUAACAUGUUUACGCUAGCCUAUGAAGAAACGAGUCAGCUUAGUGAACGGAUAAGAAGGAUUCGAUUCAAGGCCGAGGGUAGCCUACAAUCUUCCAUUUUCCUGGGCACCAAGCCUGGAGUUAAAUUGGUUGCAUGGAGUUUGCACGAUGUCAUUCCAUCGCCAGUGAUAUUUAAUGGCCAGAGAGGGUAUUUUGCGUUCAUAACGCACGGUCUUCCAAGUGGACCGUGGAAUAUCACAAUGGAUUUUGAGACAAACCAUAAGGAUGAAAAAGGCGUAUUGGCUGAUCUAGGAGUAGUGACGAAGUACUGGGAAUACCAUGAAAUGCACACUGCUGAGUUCAAUCAACUUCUAGAAAAAUAUCCAUCUUGGGCGCAUGUUGUUCCAUCAGUAGCUGUAGUUAAUAUGCUUAGUGUGUAAAGAUAUGAUGGAUAUUCCAUUCUAAUAUUUAAAACUCUUUAAAUAUGAAGCACUAUUUGUAAAGUUCAUACACACAAUAAAUAAAACACUUUUAUGGAUUGAACAAUAGGAAAUUGCUAGUAUUUUAUCCAGAAGUGUGGUGGAAACGAUUUGUCUUACACGGAAUAAAGUUUUCGACUGCAGAGGCGCCUCGUC